UUAUUAUUAUAAAAAAUGGAAAUUUGUGUCCUAAAAAACAGAACCAUCCAAAUUGAGCAACGAAACAUAGCUAACCGCCACAACUCAACUCAAGACCAAGUUGGAUUUUUGGCAUUCCCUUCUUCCGUUCCGUUCCGUGUUCGAAUUGAGAUGAGUUUUAGCAUGAGCUACUACAGCAGCAGCAGUAACAUUCUUCAAUCUUGCAGAACCAUAAACUCUCAUGGCAAGCGUAUUAUUGCCACCAAAAAAGUUAAAACUGAACAUGAGAAUUGUCUUCGGUCGAAGUCGAAGAUCAAUGGAAAUAGUAUUAUGACAUUCAUUGGUGGACUCACAGCUGCACAAUUGGUUGCUCCAGUCACUGCAAAAGCUGAAAUAGUUGCUCCUGUUUUUACUUUGGCUGAUGGAGGCAUCGGUGACUGGUUUGGAGGCAUUCUAUUUUCAGCGGGACAACAGGCCAAUGAAGCAGUUCUGGACCAACUAUCCUCCCUAAGUUUUACUAGUUUGGCUGUAAUUUAUGGGGCAGGACUUGUAACCAGCCUUUCUCCCUGUACGCUUAGUGUGUUACCACUAACUCUCGGUUACAUUGGGGCUUUUGGCUCUGGAAAAAGUAGAGCACAGGUUAUUGGAGAUUCUAUAGCAUUUUCCCUGGGACUCGCAACCACAUUAGCACUGCUCGGCGUAGGAGCGUCUUUUGCAGGAAAGGCUUAUGGACAGAUUGGCCAAGGAUUACCUGUGGCUGCUUCUGGUUUGGCUGUAAUUAUGGGUCUGAACCUUCUUGAGAUCAUUGAAUUACAGCUCCCCUCAUUCUUCGACAGUUUUGAUCCAAAAUCAUUAGCUGCCAAUUUUCCAUCAAGUGUGCAAGCAUACCUGGCCGGGCUUACAUUUGCAUUAGCUGCCUCACCAUGCAGUACACCUGUUCUAGCCACCCUUCUGGGAUAUGUCGCUGCAUCCAAGAAUCCAGUGAUUGGUGGCAGCUUGCUUUUGACAUACACAACAGGAUACAUCUCUCCCUUACUUUUGGCUGCUUCUUUUGCUGGGGCGUUACAGAGCUUGCUUUCGUUUCGCAAGUACUCAGCAUGGAUCAAUCCUAUAAGCGGAGCAAUGCUGUUAGGAGGUGGUGUAUAUACCUUCUUAGAUAGGCUCUUCCCAGCGGCCACAAUGGCAAUGUAGAUAUUGUGGGUCUGUAACAUGUAGUGAUCUUUUACUUAAAACAGUCACAUGUGUGUGUAUAUAUAUCAUACAACUAACUACUCAUAUACGAUAAAAUCAAAAUGAAAUUGAAUCCUUCUUCUUGACCCUCUAAAA